UCCGGAGACCCACACCUUCCACCUGCCUUGUGGCAAGAUGACAGUGACCCUGUAGGAUGUGGCAAUGAUCCUAGGGCUGCCGUUGGAUGGUCUUCCAGUGACAGGCAUUGUACAGUCAGAUGGAUGGAGAGACAUGGUUGAGAACAUCAUUGGGAUCAGGCCUCCUGCACCGCCAGAAGGAGUUAGAGAUCGGAAGACUUCAGGAGUCAGCUCGGCGUGGCUGCGCGCCAACUUUAGCCACUGCCCGCCUGCAGCAGCCGCAGAGGUGGUCGAGAGAUAUGCUCGUGUAUGGAUGUGGCACUUGUUUGCCGGCUUCCUUUUCCCCGAUGGUUCGGGCAACACAAUAUCGUGGAUGGUUUUGCCGAUACUUAGCCAAGUAUGGGAAAACCUAGGUCAAUACAGCUGGGGCUCUGUGGCACUUGCAUGGUUAUACAGGCAGCUUUGCGAUGCUUGCAGGCGCAGUGGCGCUGAUUCAAACUUAGGAGGCUGCGUGUACCUUCUACAGAUAUGGAUAUGGGAGCGAUUUUCGGUGGGGAGACUGUAUCGCGGGCCAAUUCCGAACUGGCCCUAUGACGACCAAGGGUCGGACCCAACUAUUGCUUUCCUAUGGAAGAAUGUUGCAGCUGUCCGUGGUAACCCUCGCCGCCGCUACAAUCGCUAUACCAACGAUCUUGAUUGCAUUACCCAAGCUCAGGUAUUCUGGACGCUGUACAGCGACCGUGCGGAGCUUGAUGAGCUUGUGCUUAGUGACAUAUGCACAAGGGAUAGAGAACUCUGGCGCGCAACUGUUCCUUUGAUUUUCUUCUUCGUGGUGGAGAUGCACUUGCCUAACCAAGUGCUGGGCCAGUUUGGCAAGGCACAACCAUUCCCGCCAGAGACCCCAUCGACAUCUCAAGAAUGGCACAAAAUUGAUCGAAAGAAGCGGUACACCGAGCUCGAUUGGCGUGUUACCCAUGCAGCGCCACUUCAGCUUUGGGAGCAACGGCAACGGGUUGAGCCGAACAUUGGUCCUUACCGUCGGCUUGGAGGCACUAGGGAGUCCCUGCGAUGGUUUUACUCGGUCACACGGGUCUCCGUGAAGCCCCCACGGCAGAACAAUCCCAUUGAAGACCUUCCGGACACAGAUGAUGACGACGAGGGUGACAUUGGUGACGAGUAUGACGACCUCACUCAUGCGGGAGUGCAGCCAGAGAGAGCUCCUAUCCAGAACUACAUGGCACAACAACUAGGUCGGCUUGCAAAUGAUGCCGGUGUUGCGAUGGCUCACGCUAGUGCAUCCGGCCAAGACGGCGGACACCUUCGUGCUUUUGUUGAACGGGUGCGGAUGAGCUGCAGGCGCAUGGCCUACAGGUUGAACUGCAUGUCCUCUGCAGAUGGAGCAUUUGCUCCAGGACGAGCAGAGUCAAGUGCCCGUGGUGCUUCUUCUUCCAGAAGGACUCCCAUCCAUUACGGUGGACGAUCCAGGACGUCGAUUUCAAGGACAAGUACGACUUCAGCCUCAAGAGCAUCACGAGGCAAGGCACCACGGUCGGAACCAGAGAGCGAAGAUGCAGAGGAGCCUGGAGAUUCUGAGGCCGACGACCCGAACUUUGGGCCCGAUGAGCUUACUAUGUCCCGGAUGUUUGACGCCCCACCCAGUACUCAGACCCAGAGAGAGACGAGCCAGGAUGCAGGGGCAGGACCUUCUCGGCGCCCUCGCCAACGCCGUGCCCGUGGGGAGCGGGAAUGUUCUACCUACAGCACCAGCAAGGCAGCGCCGGCGCAACGACCCUUUCAGCCCUGCAGAGCAGCGGCGCCGCCGUCGUUAAAACAUUAGUUCGAAGGUAGUGAUCAGGGUUGUGCUUGCAGUGUCCCAAACAGGAACUACUUGUUGCUCAUGUCAUGUUUACCUGAUCCUUUUUCUAGACGGACUCAAUUCAGCUUUCUAUCCAUGUCUAUCAUCGUCGGAGUGUAUCAUAUUUUAACUGCCUUGUAAAUUUGUGACGCACAAAAAACUAUGGGAUGGAACUGUGCGCAGCAACGAAUGUAUAUUUGUCGCUUAUGAAUC